UUUUAUUUGACUAAGUUUUACAGUUUACAUACUUUCUUCUCCGCCGGUUCUUUCCUAGGCUCCCUUCCCCGAGCAGCCGCACUGGCUCAGGCCACUAACAGCGGCAGCCUUCGUAAAUCCCCAUUGUCUACUCUUGCUCAUCGACUAUCUUGCUCUGCCUCAUCAAUCGCAAGGGAGAUGGCAAUACCGAGGAACUUUAGGGCUUGGCGCCAUUGUGCGCCGCCUGGCACUCUUUCGCGCAAUUUCUCAAACACCUCGCGCAAUUUCUCAAACACCAUCCGGGCAUUCGCUGCUGCUGCUUCCCCUCCUUCCAAGGCUGUAGUCUACGAGCAACAUGGGUCGCCCGAUCAGGUCGUGAGGGUGGUUGAUCUUCCACCAGUGGAAAUAAAAGAAAAUGAUGUUUGUGUCAGAAUGAUGGCAUCUCCAAUCAAUCCCUCAGACAUAAAUAGGAUGGAAGGAGUUUAUCCUGUACGUCCUCAGGUACCUGCAGUUGCAGGAUAUGAGGGAGUUGGGGAAGUGCAUUCACUGGGUUCUGCAGUGAGUAACCUUGAAGUUGGCGACUGGGUGAUACCAUCACCUCCAUCAUUCGGGACUUGGCAGACAUACAUUGUUAAAGAGGAGAAUGCAUGGCACAAAAUUAGCAAGGGCAUCCCUAUGGAGUAUGCUGCUACAAUUACUGUAAAUCCACUGACUGCCUUGUGUAUGCUGGAGAACUUUGUUGAGCUAACUUCUGGUGAUGCUAUUGUGCAAAAUGGUGCAACUAGCAUUGUGGGACAGUGCAUUAUUCAGCUUGCAAAAAUUAAGGGUGUCAGCAGCAUAAAUAUAAUUAGAGACCGGCCGGGUUCUGAAGAAGUUCAGGAAAAAACCAAGAAAUUGGGUGCGGAUUUGCUGUAUACCGAAAGCCAACUUUCAGCGAAGAAUUUUAAGAGUCUUCUGGGUGAUAUACCAGAACCUCUUCUUGGAUUUAAUUGCAUUGGGGGAGAUUCUGCUUCUUUGGUCCUCAAAUUCUUACGGCUGGGAGGCACCAUGGUGACUUAUGGGGGCAUGGCAAAGAAACCCGUCACUGUUUCGACUUCCUCAUUCAUAUUUAAGGAUAUUGCUUUACGAGGUUUUUGGCUGCAAAAGUUGAUGACUAGCGACAGGACUAUGGUUUGCAGGCCAAAGAUAGAUUAUCUCUUGAGAUUGGUCCAAGACGGCAAAUUAAAAUAUGAGAUGGAACUUGUUCCUUUCAGUGAUUUCAAUAUUGCACUCGAUAAGGCAAUGGGGAAGCUUGGCAGUCAACCUAAACAGGUAAUCAGAUUCUAACGUCGUCAGCCUCCUUUGAUCUGUAAGCCCCUAUGCAUGCAUAACUCAUCAGCCUAUUGGUGUCAGAGGUUUGUUGGUGUUAUAGAAUGCAUGAUCCGC